AUGUAUGUUGCAGCAAUAUGCUGCUUAAACUUUUUAAUAGAAGCUUUCGGAACACCAAUGGUUGUAUUGUCCUGUUUUAACAAAUUAUGGUUGUUUGGACAAUCUGGCUGUAGCUACUAUGGCUUUUUGAUAUCGUUUGCUGGUCUAGCUUCAAUGUUACUACUCACCAUGAUUUCUGUUGAUCGGUACAUAUAUAUUGUAAAACACAACUUAUCAAAACACAUGUCAACCUCACCAAUCGUCAUUUGCAUAUCUAUAUGCUGUUUCAUUACUUUUGGUUUUACCAUUUGUCCCCUUAUUGGAUGGAACCAGUACACAUACGAAGGAGUUGGUACAGCAUGCGCAAUAGAUCUAGUUGGAGAAAACAAUAACGGCAAAUCAUUCGUCUUGGCACUUUUUUCUAUCUAUUUUGCUUUUCCUGUUAGCGUGAUGAUAUUUGCUUACGGAUCUAUUUAUGCAAAGGUGGUUAAAGAUUCCAGAGCGCAACUGAAAUAUAAUGGAAAUCUUGAUUCAGUGGAAACAAGGAACCAGUUCAGAAAAAAAUUGACUAACGAACAAGAACUUGCAAUUACAGUGACCAUGAUUAUUGGUUUCUUUUUAAUCAGUUACACACCAUACACAUGCGUACUUCUUUGGAAAGUAUUGAGUAUGGAUGCUGAAAUCAACCCAAUUGCGAUGGCUAUUCCGGCUAUGAUAACUAAGAUAGCUGGAAUUUUUACACCAUUUGUCUAUUUAAACAGGAGCAAACUCUUUCGAAAACAUCUGCUGAAUUUGUAUCCCUGUUUGAGAUCGAAGAAGAGAGUACAUGUCGCUAGAAGAAUUGAGCAAACAGCUGUCAUGUCCGUAAACAUCAAAGGCGAAACAACAAAGGUGUAUUCUUCUAAUAUAACGGAAGGGAACAAUUCACAUUGUCAACCUAUCAAACAUGAAAUUUCAAUAAUCGACGACAACGUACCAAAUAUGAUAUCAAAUAUCCAUUCUACCGUGGCUUUUUUUACUGUGGCCAACUCUGAUAUCCAUGAACAUGAUGAAUAUCAGGAAGAUUCUUGAUGUAACGAUAAGAUUGUCAGUGAAAAAUUACAGAUACA